AAAUUUCUUAUGUUAACUUACACUUCAGAAAACUCUCUUCUCUCGAAGCAACCUCCUUUCCGAUGACCUCCAGCCGGAGCUCGGCGUGGUGGAGAAGUUGACAGAAGCCGGUUCCAUACCUUUCGUGUGCUUGGGAGGACUCGGUCGAGGCUACGGCGAUGUUCUCGGUCCGCGACCGCCUCUUCUUCGGCAACAUCAGCGCCGCCGCCGAGGUUCUUCAGAGCGGCAGCGCAGAGAUCACUCACGUCCUCUCCUUGCUGAGCUCCGCUUCUAUCUCCUUCUUCUCGGACUGGCGCGCAGAAGUUUUGAUAUCCACCCAGGAGGUGCGGAAGGUCUUCGCGGGAGAGGCCGGCCAUGGCUUGGCCAAGAAUUCCCUGUCACCGGAGAAGCUCCUCUACGUGCUAGAGCUCGCCGGCCCGGGCCUCAAGCUUGUGAGAAUGGCGGUGCCUCUACGGGACACGGAAGAUGAGAACUUACUGGAUUAUUUGGACGUUUGCCUUGACUUUAUAGACCGGGGGCGGAAAGAAGGGGCCGUCUUGGUGCAUUGCUUUGCGGGAGUUUCAAGAAGUGCUGCUAUCAUCACGGCAUAUCUGAUGAGAUCAGAACAAAGAUCUCAAGAAGAUGCCCUUGAAUCUCUGCGGCAAUCUUGUGAGUUUGUUUGCCCAAAUGAUGGUUUUCUUGAACAGUUAAAGCUGUUUGAGGAAAUGGGCUUUAAAGUAGAUACUGCUAGCCCCCUGUACAAGCGGUUUCGCUUAAAGGUAUUGGGCCAUUCCUAUAAGCUGGGAGAGAAGGUAGACAGCUCCAUUUUUGAAGAUGAUCCGGGAUCACUGUCAGAAUCCAGCGCUAGCUCUACAUCCGAGUCUGCUAAAGAAAAUCAGCCAAAAACUGUUUACCGUUGUAAGAAAUGCAGAAGAAUCGUUGCAUUACAUGAAAAUGUCGUAAGUCACACACCAGGAGAAGGUGAGACCUGUUUUGAAUGGCAUAAGAGGAAAAGUGGAAACCCAUUUAAGAGGUUUGAUGAGGUUGAGUGCUCCUCUAUUUUUAUUGAACCUUUGAAGUGGAUGACAUCAGUUGAAGAGGGUGCUCUGGAAGGAAAAUUAUUAUGCAUACACUGUGAAGCACGGUUGGGUUAUUUCAAUUGGUCAGGUAUUCAGUGCAGCUGCGGUAGUUGGAUUACUCCUGCAUUUCAGCUGCACAAAAGCAGAGUUGAUAUUUGCAGUUUGUAGUGAUUUAUUGUACAACAGGAACAAAUGAAGCAAAUGCCAGCUUUCUCGAUGGCAAUAAUCUGCAGAUUUUAUGGAAUCAUUAGGAACUUUUAAAACUACGGACGUAUAAGAUAUGCAAUGCUUUGAACUUGAAUUUGCAAUCAUUUGAACUUCUUGUUCUAUGUCAGAUCUAUCAUCCAGUUUUUUCUUGGAGUUAUGCUCCUAAAAGCAGUGUAUUCAGCAGUGAUUUCCGUCAAUAUGAGAUUGGGAAAGGAUUCAGGUACGCAACUUUAUUUUUGCAUUUAUAGCUGUACUCCUGUCACCGGUAGAAAUUGAUAUCUGUGCUUAGUAAGAGUAAGAAUGUUGUUUUUACAUUUAAGAAAUGUAUUGUUUUUUCUAUAAUGCACUGAAUAUUUGUGGAAUGUAUUAUACUAAGCAGUAAGUGGUCUAAAUCUCUUUCUUUA